AGGGAUGAUGUGGACAGAGGCGGCAAAGAUGCGAACGAUCGGAUUGCUCCCGUUGAUUCUCACACUGCUCUGCCUUGCAGGUGCGACUGAGUCGGCCGAGGAUUCAUGGAUAGACAUCAAAGGAGGAGACGGUGUGCAGUACAUAGUCAAGGAGAAGGGAGACUGCAGCUCGUAUGUCGUGCAAGACGACGACAUCGUUUUCAUCUCCCAUGCUGGGUAUCUUGUGGACACGAGACAGCAGUUUGACGGGAACGGUGAUGCGUUCUUGAAGGUGAAGAUCGGACAAGGAAGCAUAAUCAAAGGGAUGGAGACGGGCAUUAAGGGGCAGUGUGUAGGAGAGACAAGGAUCGUGAGGAUGCCUCCUCACACGGCCUUCGAUGAUCCCUUGAAGCGCUUCAAGUCUAAGCCGGUUCCCAUCGGAAGCACAGUUGAGUAUCAUAUCACCGUCCACGGAGUCCAACGACCAGGAACUCUGCACUACUACUGGGUCAUCAUGGUGGAACAAGGCGGAGUUCCCGGACUCAUCUUUCUCCUCAUCGUCCUCCUCGCCUGCUAUGGCAUCUACGACUCGUUCUCGAAAUCCUCGCGCAAGACCAAGUCCAAGAGGCGUUGAGCGACGAGCAAGUUUGAGUGAAGAUCUUUCGGUGUAAGGUAUAUGGAAUUCUCGCAGCAUUUACCGAAAACCUAGAUUGUAAGUUGGGAACCUAACUUAUUGCAAAAAUGUUACAGAAAAAAUGCAUUUCUCCUU